UUAAUCAAUUGAUUUUGAUACAGCUAAAUCAAACCUUGAAUACAGGAAAUAAAUUCAAUAUCAAAUGAUUGUAUUUGGUAACCUAACACCAUUGUUGCCCUUUACCGACUGAUCGUCCACCAAAAGCGUCUCUGCAUUCCAUUCUCAGUAAAGGCACACGCGAUAGGUAUUUAUUUAUGUUGUCAAAUAGCUUUUUGUACAUGAAUGUAAAAAGAUUGCUCCUUAACAAAAAACUGAUUAAAUUGUGCAAUGAACUGGAAUAGCAAUUGGCCAAAAUUAAUUCGCAAACAGUCCAUCUUAGCGGUUCGUAUUGAAAAAUUCGGAGGGCUUAGGGAACCAAUCAGAAUUGAGCCAUAUAACAAAUAUGAUUUGUUGAUAUAAUAGAAACGCAAGAUGUGUUCUUAGCCUUGAAAGUCAUACCUAAUAGCUAUUAUUUUUAUAUUUUGGUCCAGAUAUACAGAAGCAAAAUGUAGAAAUAAUUAUUACAAUGUACAUGUUUAUCAAGUUCUUGUACAGUCUUCAAAAUGUUGUAGAAAAGGGUGGACUUUUGUAGACGGUCCACAUACACAUAUUGACAGGUCGCGAUCCAACUUACACAAGCUUACUAUGAUUUACACAAGGAAACCACAAGAUAUAAUAGAUACUUGUUUCAGUUGCAAGGUUCUGGUCAGACCAGCGUUAAACCUAUGUUGCGUUCUACUCUAAUUAAUUAUAAUUUUGUAAAACAGUUGGAACCGUGGCUGGAGACAUGUCACCUCAUGGCUUGGGAGGUAAGCUUAAAUUAAUGAAUGCACAGAUUAACACAAACAUUAAGCUUAGGUACAGUAGGAAGCUUCCUACAUUUGUGAAAAGUAAAUAAACUGGAAAGUCCUUAAAGAAAAGAAUUCUGAAUGCAAUUUGCUUUGCUUUCUUUCUUUAUUUCGGAAGAGGAGUCCAACUUACCUUCUCGUACGAAUGAGGUGGUGCGCUGCGAAGAACGUUUGUUGGCCUCCUGCAGAGGAGAGAACACUUCCCUGCCAAGUUUCCUUGUUCACUCUUUCGACGAGCUUUGCUGGCAGGCGCGGACGCUUACGAUGGCUAUCUGCAUAGUCCUACUCAACCCCAGAAAGGAGAACGCUGGAGUAAGGGAGGGGAUUGUGAGGGCUCUAAGAUGGCUAUCGGCGCAAUACCAUGGAAAGGGUUUGUUCUACUGGCCUGGAGAGACAUCCUCCACAGAUGGAAGGCGAGUUUGCAACAUGUUCGGUGUACGCUACACCAGCGAUGCCGUACUGGUCAUCGUUCCUUCCAGUUCCUCAAUGUGGAAACCAACAUUGCUAGAUGGUAUUGAAGAUAGCAGUAUCACUGCAACAAAUAUUGAAGACAGGCUGGCGACGGCAUUAGAGAAAGCAACAGAUAUGCUUAAAGUGCUGUCUAUACAAAGGGAGAAACUCGAAACUUUCAGGAGAGACAGGGCUGAGCAAGAAGAUGACUUGCUAAAAGCACAACAAAAUGAAUCGAACGAGAGAAGGGAAGGAGAGGAGAAGGAGAAAGAGAAGGUAGGAGAGGAGCAAAAAUUAGAGGAUAACGAUACUGAAGAGAAAGAUGCAAGGUCUGCAAGGAGAGCAAGGGUGAACGAAGAGCCGGUGUCGGGAAAUGUGAUUCGGGUCAGGUCCCGAAACGGGACACAGGAAAGGAGAUUUCAAACGGGAGCUCAUUUCCAGGUAAGAAGCCGCAGUAACUAAAAUUGCCUUAGUUGUAUACAUG